CCCUAACCAUUGCGCCACCUCACGUUGAGCGAUUCACUCUGCAAUUAGUUUCACUAUCGCAAUCACUUCCACUUUCGUCUCCACCAUACUCUUAUUUUCUGUGUCCAUUCCAUUUAUGUAAUUGCAGGAUCUUCCCACACUUCCCUUUUCUGACCGCUGAUGCCAUUUUAGCUUUGAAUAAUACUCCAAUUUGUUAAACAAAUUUUUAGACGAAUUGGUAUGGGGACUGUUGAAGGAAGCCGCAACCACAGUAAUUCCAGCCAGAAAAAUUCGAAUUUGGAUUCAAGAGACGCCGCAACUCAGCAAAUUGAGAGUCAAUUUUCUCCAGGUGAUGCUUUAGAAGGUGACAGAGAUGAUGAUUCACUUAACACCAUGAGUAUGCCUGUUGAUGAUACUUAUAUAUUGGAAGACAAAUUUGAAACUCAAAUGGCGAAUCUUGCUGAGGAAACGCAAGUGGUGGAUCUUGCAGAAGAAACCCAAGUGGUGGAUCUUACCGGGGAUACCCAAGUGGUGGAUCUUCCCAGGGAUACCCAAGUGGUGGACCUUGAUGGGGAUACCCUAUCGAUGGACCUUGAUGGGGAAACCCAAAUGGUGGAUUUUGCCGACGAAACGCAGUUGGUGGAUUUGUAUGAGGAAACCCAAGUGGUGGAUCUUCCAGGUGAAACUCAAGUCUUGGAUGAGUUCAACGCUGAACUUUAUCUUGCUGAAUGCAGACAAACAAAUAAAACUGAUGUCACAUGUGAGACCCAAAGAUUAUCCGAGGAACCUUCUGCUAAAAUUGAUGGCAAUGUCUCCAUUGAAUUGGAUAGCGCAGUGAACAAGAAUUCUCUUAAGGAAGAAUCACUUUGCAGAGGAUUUACCUCAAUACGUGCUGCAUCAAUUAGGGCUUCUGGCUUGGCAGCCCGUGCCCGAGGAACUAGUCAUGGUUUGUCUACCACUAGUACCGAUAAGUCUUCUAUGGAACAUCAGACAUCUGAACUAGAUGGUCCAUCUCUUAUUGGACAUGUGUCAAAGUCUCUUGAGAAUGGCUACUCUAAUGAAAGUGAGGGGGAUCCAAACAGAUACAAGAUUACUAGUACAGCUGUGCGCAGACUUUUCAGAGAGGAUGAAGAUGCCGAAUGUGAAAAGGCAGAAACCGAAACCAACCAGACAGAUGAUAUGCUUGAAGUGUUAAGCUACGUCGAUUCUCAAGAACCAGGGGAUCUGUCACAGGAACGUGCACUUGAGGUUGUCAAUAGGUUUCUUGAUGUUGGUUUCAUAGAACAGGAUGAAGACUUUGGAAAGAAGGUUCAAGAUGUAAAUAAACCAAAAGGUGUCUCUGCUGUAAAAGGUUCUCGAGAUUUGGCCAAAAGGUCUAUCCUCCAAAAGACAACCGGAGAGCACGGGAUUUAUGAUUGGGAUGAUGCUCGUGAAGACGAAGGUGGGGGAGAGUUUUUCCUGAAGAAAAGGGAACUUUUCUUCGACAAUGUAGGUCCAGUGCCGAGAUGCCUCACUGAACCUCGUAAAUCCAAGUCUGUUGUAGAGAGUGAUAAAAAAAUGAAAGCAGACAAUAAGAGUAGACUAGGAGAUUUAGUGCACUCAGAUUUCGGAUUGUUGCAUAAAACACGACCAAAGCAAAAAUCACUUCAUGGAGAAGAGGUGGUGUCGAAGAAUAUUAUAAGGAAUUUGGAAGAACAGUUGCACGAAGUGUCUGGGCCUGAGUUGGCAGAUAAUUGUGAAGACAAGAACAUUCCAGAUGAUAUAGGUCCUGAUACUCAAAUGGCUGCUGAAGCUAUGGGAGAUUUGUGUUUUCAAGUACACUUGUCUGACAGUAAUAAAAGUGGAAAUAAAGCUGUAAGCAGCACAAGGAAAGAUACCAUGCAAAAUAAGUUCAGAAAUAGUACCGUUCAUUCAGAAGAAGACUUGCCAUAUUUUACUAGGGUUGGAGUUGUCACUAGACAAGCCAAACGAACAAAGAGGAUCAGCACAAGAAACAGUACCAUGUCCUCUCUUGCACCAGUUCAAUUCAAAAUAACAAAGAAGAGAGACGAUGGGGUGCUAAGGGGAGCAGAACAAAGGAGGUCGACAGUUGAAAAUGUUUCCUCGCAUAAUGGGACCAAAUUAACAGGUGAAAGGUCAGAGAAGUUUUCUGUACCAGUUCAGACAUCCAUAAAGUUAGAUUGUCCCAAAGUGCCUUCUAAUUCUGUUAAUGCCAAGGAUGAAAUAAAUAAACAGGUGAGUGCCCGUGCAAGUGGGAAAAGGAAAAAUGCUGUGACUAUGACCAUAGAGGAUGUUAGGAGGAUUGGAUUAACUCGUUUAAAGCAAUCAAAUAGAGCAUGCCUUGAUAAAUCUAGUACCCCUGACAUUGAUGCAGUAAGUAAUCUACAAGGAAAAAGAUCUAGACAAGAAACAUCAGCUGAUGCACAGCAUAGUAGACGGUUAACAAGAUCAAGUAGGGUUGCCGUGAGUAUUCCUACAAAUCUGGGCAAAGAUUCAUCAAAUCAGUUGCCACCUCGCUCGGAUUCAGAACCCAGAAAAAUCAUCUCAAGAAAAACUGCGAAAGCAAAUUCAAGGAAUGAUGCUGCUGUAUGUGGUAAUGACCGCUCUAAUAAGAAAUCAAUUUCAGCUGAUGCUGUCGGCUUGAACACAUCUAAGCAAGGUGAUGGGAAAGAUUAUGAUGGGGCAGACGCUGGAGGUGACGAAAGAAAUGGCAGACAAGAAGCUUCACCAAGAUGUGGAACUUCGUAUUCAACUUGUGCUACACCUACUCCUCGUGCGGCACUGAGACAUGAUGUAUCUCCUAUAUGCAAGGGGGAUGAAUAUCACAAACAGUCCUGCAGAAAGAACCAGUCUGUAAUAGCCUUAAUGAAAGAACUUGAUGACCUACAUACUGGUUCACCAGAACCAUGUAGUGGAAUGAGAGGAUCGAGGAAGAGGAAGGAUAUCACAACUAUAAGAGUUCUGUUUAGCCAGCACCUGGAUGUAGAUGUUGUCAAGCAGCAGAAAAAGAUAUUGGCACGGCUGGGAGGUGGAGUUGCAUCGUCUAUGUUAGAGGCUACACAUUUUAUUGCAGAUGAGUUUGUCCGCACUAGGAAUAUGCUAGAAGCAAUUGCUUCCGGGAAACCUGUGGUUACUCGCUCGUGGAUUGAAAGCUGUGGACAAGCUAGUUGUCUUAUCGACGAGAAAAAUUACAUACUUAGAGAUGCAAAAAAGGAAAAGGAGUUUGGCUUUUGUUUGCCAGUAUCUCUAGCAAGGGCAUCACAACAUCCACUUUUACAGGGACAAAAGGUCUUUGUUACCCCUAAUACAAAGCCCGGUAAAGACAUCUUAGUCAACUUGGUGAAGGCGGUCCAUGGAAUGCCGGUUGAGAGACUUGGCAGAUCUGUAUUUAAGGCCGAGCAACUUCCAGACGAUUUGUUGAUUCUAUCUUGUGAAGAAGAUUAUGAUGCUUGUCUUCCUUUUCUUGAAAAAGGCGGUACUAUCUACAGCUCAGAGCUGCUCUUGAAUGGCAUAGUUAAACAGAAGCUAGAAUAUGAAAGGCAUGGCCUCUUUGCUGAUUAUGUUAAGAGGACUAGAUCAACAAUGUGGUUGAAGAAGACAAACAAGUUUCUUCCUGUAACUAAAUGAGGCUGGUUCUUACUAGGGGCCAGCUCGUUGUUGCCUGCGUGCUGUGUAGUGUACGUAAUGUAGUCUCGAAGUUGCUCUUACAGUUCCACACGUGGAAAGAUGGAUUCAGCUUGUAAAUUAAAGCAGCCUGUUGAUAUUCUCUGCAAUCUGAUGUAUCCAUUAUUUUCAGAUUCA